AUGGUAGCACAUUCCAGUCGUCAGAGGUAUGGGGAAAAAAUGACCCCGAAGCAGACUUUAGGUGAGGGUGUACUGUACAAGCUAUCAAAUCCUUUUCGAAGUGAAAAACAUGCCGAAAUAUGUUUUAACUGGUUCAACCGGAGAACUUGGCUACAACUUAUGACGCGCGGUGAACUAGCACGAGUUGAUAGUACCUUGGAAAAGUUACUGGGAUGUCUAUCAACAAGUUUUGAACAGACAGUGGAAAAAAUGUUAACAAACAAAGAAGCAGGUGCAAAAGCAACACCAUUCUACAAAACAGAAGUAAUGAAAACAUGA